GAGGAGAGUGUCUGGGCUGAUCAGUUAGGCUUCCUCAACCUUAGUCUGUCCUAGUCUAGGACGUCGUUCCUCCUGUGGGCUCAUCAGGUGGGCAUUGUGUUCUUAAAUCAGCCCAGUUUGUCCCUCUAGAAUCUAACUUCCCCAGUCAGUAUCUAUAAUUUUAAGUCAGCCCCUUACUGGCUGCUUUCUGCUAAGCUUCUCUGUAAUUCCCAAGAGAGGGAACGCUGAGGAGCCCGGAGCCCUAGGAAACCAAGACCAGGGGGGUAGAAUCGGAGAAGAAAUUGAUCGUUUAGAGGGAGGGAUAAAACGUUGCUGUUGGGACUGGAGAGAUGGCUCAUCUGUCAAGAGUGCUUACGGCUCUUGCUGAAAGUUCAGUUCCGAACUACCUAUAACUUCAGCUCCAGGGGAUCCAAUGACCUUUUCUGGUCUCUACUGGCAUCCAAAGGACAGGAGGUUAAAGCCAGACAGGACUACAGAGGGGAUUCUAGGUCAGCCUCGGCCAGGUAUUGAGACUCACAAAGGAGAGCCAGGAGAACAGCUUCCAGUUUACAGGUGAGAAAAGGAGAGCAGAGGAGGACUGGCCUGAAGCCGUUCACCCCCGAGGUGCUGGAACCAACACAGAACGUUUCUACUCUUUGAUUUGAGCUGGACAUUCUGUCAGAGACCAGAGUCAGCAGCAGGAGCCAUCCUUGUUUUCUCUUGUCCUUGAGAUGCGGUGGGGGCUCACAUCCCUACUUCUGCUGUAUUUGGGGUUACUUUCUCCAGUUUUGGUUGAUGUCAAGAAGACAGCAAUGGAAGAUGGUCUAUGCAGUAUGGUCCCUUGUGUGAUUGAAUUUUACAAGGCACCUUUCAGAAAUCCCAUGGCUGUGAGCUAUAGGCUUAAUGAAAAUAUCAGCUUCCGUGUUGGUACCAGCCAUCCCAGUGCCCCCAUGGGUGAUCUCUCCACAGAGGAGGUGGAAUACUGCAUCCUGAUGACCCACAGCAUGCUCAGAAGAAAAUACAUGACCAAUUCACUCUAUGUGGGUCUAGGAACUCAGAAAGACCUGACCCAAAACCCAGAGCUUCACAUCCCAGAAAGUAGUGUGGCUGGAGAGCCUGUGACUUUGAGCUGUACCAUCCAAAGCACCUGCCAAGAGCCCAACGCUCUUUUUCUCUCCUGGAAAGGACCCAUCAUGUCUUCCAACACAACCAUCUCCAUUCACCCCUCUUCAGCACUGGCCAUUGAACUGAAACCCGAGGACCAGGGCACCACUCUCAGAUGCCACUUAAAGCUAUCCCUAGAUAACUUGUCCAGCAGUAAAGUGGUCAAGCUACAACUGGUCUCACCCACCAGGCUGCUCAACUACUCCUGUUUGCUGAAGAGGACACUCACAUGUAGCUGUUCCUUCCAUGGGAUCCCCACACCUUUGGUGCAGUGGUGGGUGGGAGGAACCCCUGUGAGUGUGAAUAGAAUAGAUGGCAUCCUACACCUGACUACCACCACACUAGAACCCUGGACCAAUAGCACCAUUCACCUCAUUUGGGAACCAGAAAUCAUUAGGAGACUUCGCUGUGAGGGGAAGAACCAAUAUGGAGUCCAUGCUUCUAGAAUCUUCUUGAUACCAGAUAAAAGCUCCGUUUCUAGUGUGUUCCUGAGAGGUCUAAUCCAGGGCAUUGUGUAUGGGGCCAUAGCGUCGGCUUUAUUCCUCUUCUUCCUCGUUGUGCUGGUAAUGAAGAUGCUUAAUUGGUGGGAAGAAAAUCAAACCUGCAAGAACAAAGAAGCCCCGACCCCCGUGAAACCAGUUUUGGGAGGAGCCAACGCUGCUGAAGUCUGAAGCUGCAGGUGCACUAGCCUUGGCUCGGCCGAGAGUUAAAGAAGCCAGCCCAGCCCCUUGAGUGGGAUACUCAGAACAGGAAGAGCCCUUUCCAACACCAAGGAAAGGCAGCCUCUGUCUCUUCUACAGCCCAGGGCCUUAGAGAGAGAAAGAAGAGUCCACAUGGGAACUUCAGGGGGAUCAUGGUGCACUCCAGACUUCUCUAGCCUGACAGACCUGCAGAGGAGCAAGACACCACCUCCACCUCAGACUCCAGAGACAGAGACCUACAGCCCAGCUCUCCCUGUGGCUGGGCAAACCCACCCCUCUCCAGGCCUUCCCCUUCUCCCCCACCCCUUCCUCUGUUUGCUCUCCCCGUCCUCUUCUAUUUUCCCUUUUUUCUCCCUGUCUCUUCCUUUGCUUUCCCUCCUCUUCUCUUCCCCUUCCUUCUUUCCCCCUUCCUCCUCUCUUUCCCCUCCCUGUCUUUCUCUCUCCUCUUCCCACAUUCAUCCUCCUAUUCUUUUUUCUCUGUCUUUCUCUUCUUCCUCCUCCCUCUCCUUCUCUUCCUCUUGUUCUUCUUCCCCUUCCCCUCUUUCAUCCUCUUCCUCCCCUCCUCCUCUCCUGUCCUAGCCUCCACGUAGUCUCUUCCAGGGUGGGUGGCCUGGUCCUCGUCUAUGGCUCAAGGGCAGGUAUCAGGGGAAGCAGGGCCUUGGCUUCACCCAAAAGUCAUGCAGGAAAGGGUUGAUCAGAAGUUCAAGUAUGGGAGCUGGGUUUUGGGGUGCUCUGGAGAGAGCAGUUGUGGGGCAGGCAGAGACAAGAAUGAACCUUCUCUGUAUGCAGUGAGACUUUCUAAAAACUAGAACAGCCCCGAAUACUAAAGCGCACUGCUGGCCACCGUCAUCCUGCUGUGGCUGGACCACCAUCUCUUUACUGUCUCUUUGUAUCUAUCUCGUGCUCUUGGCCCCCACCUUCCCAUCCCACCCCAUCACAACCAUGCUUUAUUCACAUUACUUUGGUUGUUUCGUAGGUUCCGUGCAUUUUUGAGGUGUAUAUGGACCUCUUUUCAGCCACCCCUCUUCUCUUUGAGUUAGGGUUCCACAUAGCCCAGGCUGUCCUCCAACUUGAUAUGUAGCCAAGGAUGACCUUGAACUCUUGAUUUUCCUGCUUUCCCAUGCCUCGGGCAGGGGUUGCAAGCAUGCAUCUCUAUGCCUGGUUUAUGUGGUGCUGGGAUGGAUGCCAGACAAGCACUCUGCUGACCUAGCCACAUGCCCUGCCUUUUCUUGCCAUUUCUCACUCGUCCCUCCCGUCCUUCUCUUUCCCAUUUAUCAAACAUUUUCCUGUGUACCCAGGUGCCACUCUGCACUGAGUUCUGUGGGAACACAUGGUCAGGAUGGACUGGUGACCAUCCAGACCAAGGCACAUAUUUAUUCAGUAGGGGUAUAGAAAGCCAGAUAUCCCAUAGAGGAGAAUGCUUCUGUCCCCAUCUAGGCUUGGUCACCUCAGGACUGCCUUUUUCUCUUCUUUUCUUCCUCCCUCCCUUUCUUCCUUUCUUUCUUUCUUUCUUUCUUUCUUUCUUUCUUUCUUUCUUUCUUUCUUCCUUCCUUUCUUUCUUUCUUUCUUUCUUUCUAUCUUUCUUUCCUACUUUCGACUGCCUUUUUCUUUUCUUUCUUUCUUUCUUUUUUUCUUCCUUCCUUCCUUCCUUCCUCUCUCUCUCUCUCUCUCUCUCUCUCUCUCUCUCUCUCUCUCUCUCUCUCUCUCUCUCUCUCUCUUUAUUUCAGAUCAAAGGACGACUAAGCACCAAGGGAAUGGUUAUAAUUUAGUCAGCAGCAGGUGGUUGGCUCUGGAGAGAUGGCAGAAUAUAUCAGAAAGAGAGGAUCAGGCAGACAGCUGUGUGACAUCCCUCAUUCCUACAGAUGAAGGGAGCAACUGAGACUUCAGUCUGAGACCUAAUCAAUCCAGCAACCCCCGGGACUUGAUAGGUUCAACACAUCCACCUUACAGAGCAGGAAACGGAGGCAGUCAUGGGUUAAGAAGUCUCUGGGAAGAGGGGCAAGGAAGACAUGCUGUGUUCCUCCUUGCAGAGUCCCUCCAGGGUCCUUCUGCCACUCACAGCAAAGUAGCACUGUGUAGAGACUGUGUUCUUUUUUGCGCAGUGCAGUCAAUAAAGGGUGAUGUCU